CGUCAUGCCCCCGCUCGCACAGCACCGCCCGCCGCGCCCUCGCACUCCCCUCUCACAGACUCCACAUCAGUUAGCACAACACAUCAUAGGCCAGCAAGUUCAUCAGCAACAAAUACAGCAACAGAUAAAUCAGUUAAAACUAACUCCUCAACAACAACAAAUUAUCCUCAAUCAACAAAACGCCGGCAUCUCGCAAGCGACGCGUAUAAUCACACCACAAGGCACUAUAGUGACGCAGGGACUGCAAACACAAAUGUCACAACAGAAUGUCGUACAAAACCAGAGCAAUGGGCCGCUACCUCAACAGAGUACUAUGAAUGGCCCAACGCAAAGGGCUUCACCUCAUCCACAAAUACAACAGCAAGUUAAAAAAGUCGCAGUACAGCCCAACAAUGCCAAUGAAAUGGACGACCUUGAAGAAAGUAUUACAGCUGCUAUAGUUCAGAAACAUCCUAUUAAUGAGAAUAUCAGCUCACCCCAGCAAUUCCACACUCCGCCGCCUCAAAAUAGACAGAACCACACGAGUACAUCCGUGCCUCAACAUCAAUUAACAUUCAGUCCACAACAUUUCCUCAACAGUCAACCCCAACAACAAACAUUUGAACAAACCCAGUUACAACAUUCGACAACUCUCAGUCAUUUGUUGAUGGACACGGAUAACGCGGAGGAGGAGAGACAAGUGCUCACAUUUGCAAACGGUCAGCGUAUAACACUUGCGGAGUACAAGAGAUUGCACCAGCCGGCUCGCUCACAGCAGCAACUUAUUCCUCAGCAACAAAGUGAAACUGGACGUCAGACGUUGGUGCGAAGCAAGGAACAGCCACGACCGGUGCAACGAGUACUGCCCAUGCAGAACCAACAGCAGCCAAUGCACUCCGAUACCAGCGAGUCAGUGAGUAGUGGGCCGUCGGAACAAGCAGCGGAACCGCAAUCAGCGAAAAUGUUGAUAUUCCUUCAGAAUGGUGAACAGAGAUUGAUCACAUUCACUUUACCCAAAGAAAGCUGUACACUACAAGAAGUACUUGAACAGGUCAAUGUACCAUUUUCAGAGGACACUCACAUACAAUGCAUGCAAAACACAAGUAGCGAAAUUGAUUACUUCGUCUCCGUGGGCGCCACAACUAGGAUAGAAGAAAUGUUGGAAAAUCAUCCUAUGCUCGUUGGUGACAUGAGUAGUAGAACUUCCCCGAGUGCUUUACCCCAACCUCAAAACAGUGCAAUGUCAACACCUGAAAAGAGCCAAUGUCCUGAUAAUGUAAGCAGUAAUAGUCCCGAAUCUCCGGAGCGUCGAUCGCCCCCGCCGCGAUAUGUGGACGGUAUGUUGGCGGUAUGCAAGUCUUGUGGCUAUACCGGAUUCGAUUUCAGUCGCUGCCAAAGGUGUAAAAGAGUUUUCACAGAAGAGCCUAAGAGUGUGCCAACUAAGAAAUUAGAACAAAAGAAAAAGGAACCAGAAAAGAGUCUUUUGGACAAACAAAACUCUUGCAGUAGUGAUGGUAUUAAACUAAAUUUAUUGAAGACUACAGUGAAGGCACUAAAUAACAAAACUCAGGAAAAGAAGCCGACGAGAGUUAGGAAACCAAAAGCGAAACCUGAUCCUGAACCAGUAAUACUGACAUUAAGCUCUGACGAAGAGGAUUCCAAUAGUUCGAUGCUGAGUAGUCAGCAUGAAAUUUCCAUAAAUGUCAAGGAACCUACUUUGAGUGAAAUUGAAGGAACCUCUGAAAAUUCCUUUGGCAUGGAUCACAUGGAUGAUGGAAGUAGAGAAGAGAUUAACCCAAGCUCUUCUCAAGGAAUUGUUACAUCUCUUAACUGUCGUACUAUUAGAAUUGGUUCUUAUAGAUAUACACCAAAGGAAAAGGUAUACAUAUCAUCUAAAGGUAUUAAAAUUGUUGCACCAUCCUUAAAAAAUGAAUCGAGAGAGGUAGCAUUGCAAAUACAGCUGAAGGAAAUUGUUAGAAUAUUAGUUCAUUUUGGAAAGGGACUGCCUGUUAUUUUUUUGUAUACUAUGAGUAAAUGUGGAGCUUAUGUAAGAAAAGCUUUGGAUAUGAUAGAUGAUACCGGACCAUACUACAAUCCAAUGUCUGUAGUAGAUCCUUAUAAAAGGAUAACUUUGUUACCUGAGUGUAUAUCAGACGAUGCAAAAAAUGCCUUAAAAGCGUUAUUUGGUAAACUAAUGGAUGAACUAAAUGCCCGUGAAGCUAAUGAUAUUUUAGUAAGGACUUGUCCCAGAGAUAGUAACAAUGUUGCAAAAAUUACAACUAGAUCAAUGAGUACCUCAAACUCUGGACCUAAAAGUGCAAACCCCACAGAAAUAAGACAGAUCUUAAUUUAUCCACCUGGUAAGGGUGGUAUACCUAUAAAUACAGAAGACUACAUGUGCCUGGCGCAGGAUCAAUUUUUAAAUGAUGUUAUCAUAGAUUUUUAUUUAAAACAUUUAGUACACGAUAUUUUAACACAUGUACAGAGAGAAAAGACUCAUAUUUUUAGCACAUUCUUUUAUAAAAGGCUAACAACCAAACCUAGUAAAGUAAACAAAAUAUCAAAUCCACAUGAAUGGGAUAACAGUCUAUCUCCGGCACAAAAGCGACAUGCCAGAGUUAAAACAUGGACUAAAAAUGUGAAUAUAUUUGAAAAAGACUUUAUUGUAGUUCCUAUUAAUGAAAACUGCCAUUGGUUUGUGGCUAUUAUUUGCUUUCCCAGCUUAGAAGGUUGUAGAAGUAUGAUUGACAAUAGAACGCUUAAUCCUCAGCAAAUUAAAAAACGAGAAAGACGGCCUUCUAUUCAGAUUGGUAAUACAACAAUCACACCAUUAACAAAACAAGAACAGCAGCUCACUUUGAAUUGUGAUUCUGAUAAUCUGAGUGAACGUGAUGAGGCUGAGGCUGAUGAAAGUGAUUUAGAUAUGCAAUGUGAUUCAGAUGAUGAUGAAACAGACAAAGCAGAAAAAAGAGUAGAACAAACCCCAAUUGGCAAAAAUGAACCUAUAAAGCAACCCUGUAUAUUAAUAUUUGAUUCAUUAGCUGGUGCCUCAAGGUCAAGAGUUGUGGCGACGUUACGUGACUACCUCACUUGUGAAUAUCAAGCAAAAAUUUGUAAAAAUAAAGUUUUCAACAAAGACAAUAUAAAAGGAAGCUGUCCGAAAAUACCUCAACAAAAUAAUUUUACAGACUGUGGCCUGUAUUUGUUGCAAUAUGUAGAACAUUUUUUUAAGGAGCCAAUAUUGGAUUAUACUUUACCUAUAAAACAGCUGACUAACUGGUUUGAUGAAAUUGUAGUGACGCGGAAGCGAGAAGAAAUCUCAAUUUUAUUAAAAGCAUUAAUGCACAGAUACAAUCCGGACUCACAUUUAACUUUACCUGACAUCACAUUCCCCACAUUAAAUGGUAAAUUAAUUGAAAAUGAAGAACAGCAAGAUGAAUCAUCAGAUGGAGACAAAGGAAAUUCAAGUAAAAACUCAAAAUCUGACAAAGAUUGUGAACCACCGACAUUGACGUUGGUGAAACACCCUACUGGUGAUAUAGUGGUUAAACGCAAUUUCACAGACGCCUCGGAUACCAUACAUUUAAGAAAAACUAUUAGGUUAUCCAGUGACACCGAAAACAAGACAAUGGUUCCAAUCAAGAAGAAUGAUACUGAAAAUAAAAUUUUUAUUCCUCUCAAAUUGCACACAAGUGAUGUGGUUAAAGACUUUCAAAAUACGUUAUUGGUAACUAAAAAUAAAACACUCGGUGAUAAAAAAUAUGGUGUACAUAAUCAGAAUGUAUCAAAUGUGAACUGCAUACGACAGAACCCUAGUGACAGUGAUGGUAGCAUGUUUCUCAAGGCAAGACGGAUUAACAAACUCGAAGAUGUGAAUGAAUCUAGCAAAAAGUUCAAAAGAAAUGAGUGUUGAGAAUGUGGCCUGUCCAUUUAAACUUUAUUUUAAAUUAUUAAUAAUUUAAUAAAAUGUAUAGAUGUUUGAGGGAGUUGUAAAUAUUAGUUAA